AUGGCCGGGUUCCUCCGUGUCCUCAAGGACCUUCCCUGUAUCACUCGCACUCCUCGUGCUGGAGCCGACCAGGUUACUCUUUCACCUCUGUCUCCUUCUUGGAGCGAAAAUUCUGUCGUCGACAAGACUCCUUCUUCCCUCCCCACCGAGGGCGUGCAGUGGGAACAGCGAGAGCUUGAGGCCGAGCUCUAUGAGAGCCUGUACACUGCAUUCGCUCAGCACGACAACAUUCCGCCCGGCGAACUCUCCUCUUCGGCCGCUGCCACAAGUAGCUAUGCAGCAUCUUCCGCUAUCGCCGUUGAAAGCGAGCGCUACGCCAAAAAUGUGACUUUCAAAGACUACUCUCAUCUAGUUGAGAAUCUUCCUGGUCUCCCAAUGGAUCAAGCAUCGAGCUCUAUUUCUGUCAAAGAAGGCUCUACUGUCGACGGACCAAGCGUUCCUACCUCUCGUGGCCUCUUUCAUUACUUUCAUGAGACGAGCGCACGUGUUAUCAAUGCCGUCAAGACUGCGAUCGGUCACCAUCGUGACGGCCCCGUCGGCGAUUCCGCCGACUCGAAAAGCCGGUCUCAGAACAGCUUUGUCACACAUGACAGCACGACUACCGUCUAUCAUUGGUCUGAUAGACAUUCUAAAUUCCCCUGCAUCCGGACCUCUUCAUCCGGUGAGAGCUUCAGUGGAUCCGGAACCUCUGAAAACAACACUUUCGUCUAUGGAACUUCUGACUACGCGCCUCCUGCUGUUUCUUGUCUUCCCGAAUAUGGUUGGCCUCAUCAUCGUCUCUUUUCCGAUAUCAGUCUACAUGGCCGUCAAAGGACUGCUUUCCUGGCUUACAAUGAACUCGCUCGCGAAUACGGCUCCUAUGCUUUGGUGCCCCCUGAAUAUGACCCCAUCAGUAAGUUUAGGGGGGCUUUCUCCGCUCCCUUGCAGCUUUCACUGACUAUUAUGGAAGACUUCCAAAUGUUUAUCCGCCUCAAACCCUCAAAGAGGGAACUGAUUCUUCGCAAAGUGCGCAGUAUCGGUUCACACCUUCGUCCCCGCUCUCCAACUCGUCGCGCCCGGAACUUGCGACGGAUGAGAACUUUUGCCAACUUGUCUCUGAAGUACUAUAAAAUGGAUUCCCUCAAAGGAAAAGACCUUGCUACUAUGGGCCGCAUGUGCGGUUAUGGAUCUCUCACUCUCCCUGGCGACUUUGCUCCUGCUGUUAUGCGGCUUCCUGCUCCGAUUGUCUCACUUGUCUCCUACUUGGUUACUCACGGCCCCAAAGCACGAAACAUCUUUCACGAACCUGGCGAUGUCGUUGUCGCUUCUCGUAUCUAUGAUCACUUUGCAAGCCAGAUUCUCACCCCAGAGGGAGAGGAAUCUGGUAACAUGACUGUUCGAAGGAGCUAUGACUUUUCUUCUGAAGUUUUCGGUGUCCAUUCUGACAAUGAAGACUUCUUGCGCGGACGUUUCCACGUCCUCUCUGUUGCAUGGGCAUUCAAAUAUAUCCUGGCGUGUAUUCCUGGAGGCAUUCUGGGUUCACCCCGUCUUUAUCCCACACUUGUCGACAUCAUGAACCUAACUUUCCCCGACGAGCCUACUUUUCCUCAACGUGGCUUGAAUGGAGCUCUGCCGGAAGUAUCUCCGACCAAAGCUCGUGCUAUCUCACUGGCAAUCCUCGCUCUUACAAACGACAUGCAACUCGAUUUUCUCUGUGCUAUAUUCGGACUGUGUUCUUUCCUCGACCACGAAACUAGAACUAUGCUCGACUUUUACAAAUCCAAGAACAUCCCACCCAUCAAUCGGGCUUGUUUAUUGGAUCGCAAACGAAUUCUCUUGACCUUUACUCCUCUGCUUUGCGAAGACACCAAAGCUAUUAACGAUGAUGAUUACGGCUGUGAAGCUUUUUGGGUGAUGGGCAUGAUGUUGGACUAUUGGCGCGUCGUGAGCCGCCAUUUGGCUGAUGCUGAUAUUUGA